CUUAAACAUAAUACAUACAUUGUUUGUGUUCCAUAUGCAUUACAGGCUCUAGAAUAUGUUGUCAAUCCCUCGUUCUUGUCAAUAAUUUCCUCCACACGGAGUCUACUAUGAAAUUUUUAGCACCUCAUUGGUCGCGGUUACGUCUACCGCAGACUGAGUCUAGCUUCUUGCGCGGGAAUGUGCGAUGGACAAACAAGGAUCUUGACCCCGUUCCUCCGGAUAUGCGGAAAUGGACAGUUCUCAGCUUUGUGGGGUACUGGAUGUCUGACUCCUUUUCGGUUGCCAACUGGCAGCUGGCGAGCAGCAUCCUCGCUAUUGGACUUUCUUGGAAAGAGUCUCUGGGCAUGGUUGCCCUGGGCUUUUUCAUCCUAUCUAUUGUGAUAGCUAUGAAUGGUGCCAUUGGUGCCAUCUACCAUGUUCCUUUCCCUGUCAUUUCCCGUGCCAGUUGGGGCUUCUGGGGCUCUUAUAUCCCUAUCAUUUCAAGAUUGAUUCUCGCCGUCUUCUGGUUUGCAACACAAGUUGUAAACGGAGGCAACUCGGUUGCUGUCAUGAUUGGAGCUAUUUGGCCAAGCUUCUUAAAUAUCCCAAACGCCCUCCCAGCUGAUGAGGGUAUCACAACACAGGGCAUGGUGGGAUUCUUCCUAUUUUGGCUACUCCAGAUUCCCUUUCUACUUCUCCAUCCAAAUAAGCUGCGCUGGCUUUUCCUAGUCAAGUCCAUUAUUGUGCCAGUUGCAUGGAUUGCUAUGCUUAUCUGGGCGUUUGUUGCGACUUCAAAUGGAGGCGAUCUCUUUUCCCAAAAGAGUCAAUUGACGGGGUCGUCUUAUAGCUGGGCAAUGAUGUCGUCUCUCACAUCGGUCAUUGGAAACUAUGCAACUCUCAGUGUCAACCAAGCCGAUUUUUCACGUUAUUCCUGCGUCAACCCGCGGUGGCACAUACUCUAUGUCUUCCUACUCCCGACAGUUUUCACCUUUAUAGCCUUCAUCGGCAUUGCCGUCUCCUCCGCGGGACAGGCUAGAUAUCACACCGAGUCAAUCCCGUGGGACCCAAAUGUUCUUGUCUCGCUUUGGAGUAGUCGGGCAUGUCGAUUCUUUGCGGCCUUUUCCUUUGCCCUUGCCGCCCUGGGAUCGAAUAUAUCUGCGAAUUCAUUAUCAGCAGCGAACGACUUCACCGCUCUUGCACCUCAGUAUCUAGACAUUCGCCGCGGUCAACUACUUUGCGCUCUUCUAGCCUGGGCACUAGUGCCUUGGAAGAUCUUGGCCUCGGCGGGCAAUUUUCUCAACUUCAUGGCCGCCUAUGCCGUUUUCCUCGGGCCGAUCGCUGCCAUUAUGCUGUGCGAUUACUGGAUCGUCAAGCGUCGCAAAUACAACUGCAUGGCUCUAUACCAGCCCAUGAGCAUUUAUCGGUACACCGGCGGAUUCAACUGCCAUGCGUUAAUAGCCUUUGUGGUCGGUGCUACGCCCAGUCUUCCAGGGUUAAUGCAUUCUGUCAAUUCACGGAUUGAAAUAGGAGUCGGUGUCCACCCGUAUGAGUUUGGCUGGCUUCUAGGAUUCUUUGGCAGCACGAUCGUUUAUCUUGGUCUUAAUCACUGGUUCCCUUACGCCAAUGCAAAUAUUCCUACAGCUGUUCUUCCAGAUGACACUCUAGACGCAAGUGUUGCUAGUGAGGGCAGUGUGGCGCUUGAGUUCGACAGUGUCGUGAACGACCAAGAAAAGGGGCCAAGAGAGAAAACUACUGACCUCUGACCAAAGGGGUGGAUGUGCAGGAAUUCCGUGGUAUUUUUUUACAUACUAAUUUAUAUUGCAUUACACUGCUCAGGAAUUUGUAUUAUGUAAUAUUACAUUUUGUUAGAAAGAGCUUAGUAAAAAUUAUCAAGAGACACC